AUGAGAAGAGAACAGCGCGCCUACUCGGUUGUUUCACGACUCGUACUCAUCGGACGAACCACCAUCGAAAUACAGCUUCGACGAGGUACGAAUUUCGACUACGUCGAAAUCCUCGGGACGUGUAAUGGUCGGUUCGUUCAGAUCUUGCCUGUGGCUACUCAGCUAAUUGGCGACUUCUUCGACCUCAAGACCGACGAGAAGAGACGCAUUUGGUUCAGUGUGCCUGGGGUCUUAUCGGUGCCGAAGCUUGGGCCAAGCAAGAUGAUGCCGCAAAUCAUCGAGCGCGACAGCGGCUUUAGGGUCGCCUUUGUUGAUCCUUCUUUCCACGCUGUCAAACUCGAGGAAGAGGGGGGGAGAUUGGCCAGGGCAGAGGAAAUGCGGAAAGAUGAGGAGAGACAGAACGAGGAGAAUAGGGCUGAGGCUGCUCCAGGCACGGCUGCAGUUGUUGAUGCGGAGACUGAGGGCAAUGCAGAGGAGGCCCAUGACUUUCGGUGCCCCUGUGUUGUUGACGUGGUCAAUUGGGUCCUGGGAUUUUUUAUGUUGGUGUUCAAUCGUGUCAUUGGACUGACUCGCUUCAGAAAUCUUGGUAGCGGAACGGAGCCGACCGGCACACUCAGCAUAAUAGCAGAGAAUGGCGAUGAUGAUGACGCGACUUCGACUGUCGAUCUGGAGCUGAGGAAGGCCACCCGUACUGCGAAGACCAUCGCGGCUGUUGAGGAGCUACUGAUGCAAGGCGUGAACGAUGUGGAACAUACAAGGGACAGCAACGCAGGUCCGGAUGUAGAGGCAGUUGCAGCCGCAGCCUCCGUCGAUGAUCCAGCCUUGAGCACGGUUGAGUUUACCCAGGAGGUGCUCGACAAUGGGCGCAAACCAGAGAAACACGAUAUUGCCAUCAAACUCUGGAGGACUUCGAUCAAGGUGCCUGACGCAGACGAGGACGCGGAGGGAUUGUCACUCGUUAGCGGCGACAGGCUCAGAGACGAUGAGUCGGAUUAA